AUGCCUGCCACCUCUUGCUUGUGUCUUGUCUUUCGUGGUCACUGCCGUCGUACUGGUUAUACGCCGCUUGGCUGCAGUGCCUCCAAGAGUUCUAGCUCAGAGACCACGGCUUCCGAGCCUGCCCUUUACUGUUCAGCCCUUGCGGGGAGCUGGUACCUGGUUCUCACGAGUCCUAUACUGUGCCGGGCGGGUAACCAUGAGGGAGUCCCCUUCUUGCUGACUGCCGUGCGUAAUACGGGCAUGGCGGAUUUCCAAGCCACCAGCUCCUGGGUUAUGAGAGAUGCGCCCGACAAAAUCCAGAACAGGCAAUCGACGGCAUCGCUGUUCAAUGUGCGCGAACACGUCCGCUCGAUCCCACGAUCGAUCAGAGGAACGGGACUGUUAGCAGAAGGCGUUGGCCAACCUCGUGUCGUUGCGUUGCCCUACGGGCCUCACGGCGCCCAUUGCUGGAUGCAAUGGCGCCAAAAGGAUUGUCAUAUGCAAGUCUAUGUAGAUCUUGCAUGCGAAAGCCGCACACCAAGAACCAAAUUUGGUAGCAAGACAGGUAAAUCGGUGGGAAGGAAAGGUGAGGGAGACAGGGAGAAUGGCAUCGGCCGUUAG